GGAAGACGCCAUCGAUUUGUUUAGCAGCGAAAACUGCUGAAUUUGCAGUCUCCCAUUUCUUGUUCACGGAAUUAUGUCUACUGGCGACAUUACCCCCAAGGAUUCCGGCCUGUUGGCAGACCAUUCUUAUGGACGAACAUGUACAGACAUGUUCUUUGCUUGAUGGGAACGAGGUUCGGCACGCCCGCUGUGGUCUUUAAAUUGAUUGUCGCGAGUUAGCCGGCUCAGCACUCCACAGUAGUGGCCACCGAGAAGAACGGUUCGUAUGCUAGGUCGUCGAGGGUAAGAUGCUACUUUUCUGUUUGGUCUGGUCAGUGUAAAAGGUUUAUUCCGGGUGUUUGGCUAUCCCAAUAUUUGAUGUUGCUUUUACGUUGUCGAUGCGAUCAUAGCGUGCGAUGCUCGUUGCGUUGAAACCCGAAUUUAUGGGCUCAGUAACUGGUGUUUUUCUGUCUUAUUGUUGAACGCAUACUCACCUAACCAAACCUUACUUAGUUGAGCGGCGACGUCGUUUUAAUAUCAACGACAAGAUUAAGGAACUGGGCACACUUUUGCCCAAGAACAUCGAUGGUUCCAGCAACGAGCUUAAUGGAAAAGAUGGGCGAGUCAACAAGGGAACGAUCCUGAAAGGAACGGUUGACUAUGUGAAGGAGCUGAAGCUGGAAGUCAGCCUACUGCGCCGUAACGAUGAGGUAAUCAUGGCUCUUCGGAACGAAAAUGCCAUGUUGCUGAAAAGGGUGACGGUAAGUGAGGAGGUUAUGCGCUAUAUGCUGGCCGCGCUUUCAAUCUCGAUCGAGUGUGUAUGAACGAUUUCAAUAUGUAACCUCAAAAGCAAAUCACCUCACCAUGUACGCAAUAUUCCGUUUAACUUACCUCCUUAGUUCCAACAGCUUUCUAGCAACAGCGGCGGGUAAGUUAACUCUUCGCACAUGCGUAAGUAAGAACAAAACGUUUGAUCGAAGUUCGAACAGGUUCGGUCCCUCGUUAGUCGCUUGAGUAGCUAUGGAGUGUAGAGUCCCGGUUAACCCGGCUAAUUCCCUUUAAUUGCAACAGCUUCUAACAUAUUUUUCCCUCUGCUCUCCCGCCCAAACUCUAGGCCAAGGGCGAAUCGCAAGUUUCGCCAUCGAAACAGGGGAUCGUGCGAGUAAAGUUUUACCUGUACGUGGAAAUGUGCGAAAAUAAUCUGCAGCAGGAGAAUCACGCAAAACGAAUGCAAAACUUGCGCAAGGAGCUAAACUACAUCGAGGAAACCGAUUGGCAGUACAGUUCGAUGGAUAAAUUCCUGGGCCGCAACUAGUUACAGGGCCCCACUCAUUACGUUCACGUUGCUGGAUCCUCAGCACACUAAUCAAAACAUAGGCUAGGAAAGCAAAGCAAAGAAAACCACCAUGUUUCGGCUGGUAUAUCAUCUUAUCAACAGUGUAAGGAGCGGUGCUCAGCAGUCGGAAAGUGAGAGCGAGGAAAUGAAACGAUUGGAAGAAUGGUCCCGGCAAGAUCAAAAUGGUUCAUCAACGGGCAAUGCGCCGGAGCAAGAGAACGAACAAAAGACGGAACCAGUCGAUCCGACCGAUUGUUUCAAGAGAACGGGUACGGUUACUGCGGUCCAUUCUGAUUACUUAAUCGUCGAUGACAACUUCUAUGUGCCACGGCAACUGCUGCAAGGAUGCUCUUCGGCGGCAACGGUUGAACAGAACACGCGACUACAAUUUCUUGCCUAUCGACGAACCGAUCCCAACUCAGGAGAAUGUUCGACGAAGGUAGUGAAAAUUUUGGCCGUUAUCGAUGGAUCCUGGACGGCGGAGGACAUGCUUAUCGAUGAGGAAAGAGGAACCGUCGAAACAUCCGAGGAUAGAGAAUCCGUAUAUUACAAGCGAACGGAACGCGUCGAGCCGGGUAAAGUGUCGGACAAAACACAAAACACCAUCACGGUGGAAAUCAACACCAAUGAACCGAUCGAGGUGGAGCGUGAUAAAGCCCGCAUUACCUUCGUGCCGGAAGUGGGAGAUUUUGUGACCCUCACGUGCGUCGUUCAAAUUGACAGCGAGUUCGUCGAUUUGAAGGGCGAAGUGCUGGAAGUGACGGUUAUUGAACCAUCACGCCUUAUUCCGGGUCGCGGAACCGUGCAAGUGAUCACUGACUCCGGUGGUGAAAUUCAGGCCAUGAACGAAUUCUACUUCUUCGAAAUGGCACUCUUCGAGGCCAACGCAACUUACCGUCCGCAGGUUGGUGAUACGGUACAAUUUGAGGCUGUGGAAAACGAUCUGGUCGGUAAACGGUGCAUCAGCGUGAAGCUACAGCAGUCGCAGCAACCUCCGCAACAGAAGCAGCCGGAACAGCAACAGCAGCAGCCAUCGCAGCAGCAACGGCAGCUGCAGUCAUCGCAGCAGCAGAAUCAUCAGCGAAACGGUAGAGAGAACGGUACAUCGAAUGAUUUAUACGAAGACAAGUUUGGCAUUCGCAUAAUUGGAGAUUUCGAUGUGACAUUCACUAAUGUGCAAGAGACAGCCGUGCGAGUGGUAACGAUUCGUAACGAGUCCGAUAAAAGGCACAAAAUAUUGAAGCUCUUUCUGCCGAGAACAACCACUCAGCUGCGGCUGCUGGAACCACAGGCACAUAGUCAGACGUUCCUGUUUCCGAACGAAACGGCUCAGUAUCGAUUUGAAAUAACCUCCAACCUAUACGGUCGUAGUCGUGAAACAUGCACUUGGAACUUUGGCGGAGGAUUCAAGAUAGCCCGUUCGUUCAUCAUUCGCACCGGGGAGGACGGCGAUGGUUCAGUGGAACAGAACCCGUCGCAGAUGGUCAGUGGGCGAGAAAGCUACUUCAAACGCAAGCUGGCCGCACUGAACCAAUUUCGUACACGCGAGCGUUACAUUGGAGGAAGACGCUUGUGUAAAACGCCCAACUUCGUGGCACACAAAAUUGGAACGUACGAGAUGCCGAACGAUCUAUUCGAGCUAAUAGCCAGCAGUGAGACGGAUGAUCUGGUCCUAGAGCAGCUCAGUGCGCCCCCAUACCGAUUCGAUGAGCCAUUAACGCCGCUUAACUAUCGUCAUCUGUUUCACACGGCACUGUUCCUGGAGGAGAUUCAUCAGUGCAUUCAAUUCCGCAGGUACGACCAGGAGCGCGUUCAAUUCGUGCCGCAGGACAAAUACUUGGCGCUGCUGAUGGCAGGAAUUAGCGAGUCACGGCCCUCCGUUAUUCCGGGCGACAUGGUGUUUGCGAUUGCCAACUGGCGAGAAGAUGCUGCCAAGUUUCAGGGAAUCAUACAUAAGGUGCUGGCCGAUAGAGUGUUGCUGCUGUUCGACAAUAUCUUUCACCAGAGCUACAACGGAGAAAGUUACAGGGUGUAUUUUGAAUUCAGCCGCGGUCAACAGCGCAAACUGCACCAUGCUCUGGAUAUGGUUUCCAAGACGCUUGGUAUGGAUUACCUGUUUCCGGAGCGUAUCACACCCACUGAGCCGUUACUGGAUGUGGUAUUAAAUGAGAAAGAGGAAAUGGUGUGCUGCAACAGCCAGGAGCAAGGCGACGGCAAUGAUAACGACGACAAGGAGCGCAAGCUGCCUUGGUUUAAUCAACGACUGAAUAUUUACCAGAAGCGUGCGAUUGUUAAUGUGUUGCGUGGCGAGGUUCGUCCACUGCCGUACGUUAUCUUCGGUCCGCCAGGGAGCGGAAAGACGCUUACCUCGAUCGAGCUGAUACUGCAGCUCGUGGCGAAUGUCCCACACAGCCGUAUUGUCGUGGCGACACCAUCGAACAGCGCUGCCUAUCUGAUUACCGAGCGGUUGGCCCAGUCGAGGUUGCUGCCGGGCGAGUUCGUGCGGCUGGUCAGUAUGUCACAGGUCGAGCAAGAGAAUAUACCACCCGCACUGGCCCAAUACUGUGCCACGGUCAGCAUCGGCGAUAUGAACUGUGCCGAGUCGGAAGAAAUUCUCGUCACCGAAAAUGGGCUGCGCAUGAAGCUGCAGGCGAAGCACAUCGGUCGGAAUCGCGUCACGAUCAGUACAUGCUCAUCGUUCGGAUCUCUGAUGCAGCUGCGUUUUCCACCGAAUCACUUCACGCACGUGAUCAUCGAUGAGGCGGGCCAGUGCUUGGAGGCGGAAACACUCGUUCCGCUAGCAUUAAUCAAUCGGACCGUCGGUUCGGUGGUACUGUUAGGAGAUCCACAGCAGCUGGGUCCGGUUCAGCUGAGCCGUUAUACGGAAGAUCGUUGCGUACGGGUAUCGAUGCUCGAGCGCCUGCUGACGACCAACCGGUUGUACGCCGUCGACAGGGAUCGGUUUCCCGAUUCGUUCGGUUACGAUCCACGUUUAAUUACCCAGCUGCGCAUCAACUAUCGCUCCAUUCCAUCCAUACUCUCCGUGUAUAACGAGAUGUUCUACGAUGGUAUGUUGCUUCCUAAUCAGCAGGAAAACACGGCCGACGACGUGAAACUGCUCGGUAUCAUGCACCGCAUACUGGAGGUCAAGCGCGAAACGCCCGAUUAUGGGCUUUUCUUCUUCGGUGUCGACGGUACCAACAAGCAAGCGCCCGACAGUCCCUCGUGGUUUAACAAUGCCGAAGCCUGCACGGUUCUGCGUGUGGUACAGAAGCUGUUCCUGAAAGGGUACGAGAUACAGGAUAUCGGCAUCAUCACACCCUACCUGAUGCAGAUCCGGACGAUCAGGCGCCUCUUUGAUACUGCCUCGCUGGAUGCACCGAAAAUUGGCACUGUGGAGGACUUCCAGGGCCAGGAGCGCCGCAUCAUCAUACUUUCGACUGUUCGUUCUUCCUCGGCACUCUUGUCGUACGAUAUCCGUGCUAUGCUCGGGUUCGUGGCCAAUAAAAAGCGUAUCAAUGUUGCCAUAUCGCGCGCCAAGGCAACACUGCUGAUCGUGGGCAACCCACGGCUGUUAGGGCGUGAUCCUUCAUGGCAAGAGAUCAUAGAUCGUGCCAUCAAUAAUAAUACGUACGUUGGUUGCACCCUGCCACCCAGAAACCAGCGCGGCGCUGGUGCUUAAAUGGAGCUCCUGCUCUUAGCAAAAUGAGGACAAUUUUGAAUUACUAGUAAUGGGAGAAGUUUGGUUUUAUUUGAAUUCUCUUUUAUGAGCGCGCAGCAGCGCAUCUAUUUCGACCAACAUUCAUGAACUUUCAUACAAUGAAAUAAAGACCUUCCUUGUUUGACCUUUCCCAUGCAGAAAGUAUAAAUAA